CAGAAGGAAUCUGUCACAUGGCCAUCUUUUCAAAUCAAGUAGAUUUGAUACAUUGGCCACCAAGUAUCCUGGCCAAUGGUGAAAUCUAAAAUUUCUUACUACCGGUUCUAUGGGCGUGACUUGUAAGUGUUCAGCAAUAACCCUGAAGAAGAAAUCCAAGAACUACUCAGUAAAUAUCAACUCAAUCCUGGGAGAGAUGAGGCGUGAAACAAACUCAAGAGUCACUUAUUGAGAUGGGAUGCUCUAAGAAAUCAAAUAAAUAAGUAAAAUAUGAAUCCAGAAUCUCUGCAAGGACAUGGGAUCUACUGGGAUGGCCCAUUUCAGAUUCCAUGGGCUGGCUGAGGAUUUUCCAGGCUACUUUUUGCUUUUAAACAAGAAUAUGCAAGUUUAGACUGGAUACUUACAAAAUUGGGAAAAAAAUUUUUCACUUCUAUUGUGGUAAGAUGAAGCUUAUUAAAGUCAUUUGAAGAAUGUAAAUAGCAUCUUUUAAAAUGAGGAUAUUUGUCGCUUUUGACGGGCUCUGUGAGUCAUUUGACAUUUCACCAGAGAACACUGUGCAAGACGUAAAACUGAUGAUAAAGGAUUAUUUUCAUGUUCCACUAUCAGAAGACAAACAAGGCAGGAGAUACUUGGAGCUGAUAUAUGCAGGAGCAGUGCUAAAGGACAACUGGGUACUUGCUGAUGUAGGCAUUACAGUUUCUUCCUCAAUUAAAUGUGUCAUCAAGGAAGAAGACAAGCCAAUUUUCUAUGUAUACAACCCGGUCACUCAUGAAAAAUUGUCCAUAAUGGGAAGGAUUUAUCUUCUUUCAUCAAAGGUUUCUGAGCUGAAAACUUUAGUGACCUUGAAAUGUGGUUUUCCAAGUAGCAUUUAUUGUCUCAGAACUCCAGAGGGCAGGGAGAUGUUUGACUGCAAUACUCCGAACAAUUAUCAGUUAGAUAUAGGCACAACUCUUCGUUUGGAUGUUUGGAAUGGAUGGAGAGAAUUCUUGACCAGCUGUAUCCUAGGAAACAAAUCCAAGAUCCAAUAUUAUCUGUCAAAGGAAGAACCAAUACUCAGGUAUCAAAAGAGAGUAGCUCUUUACAUGGCAGCCUUUUUCGGACACCUUCAAGUUUCAAUCUGGCUUUUGAAAAAUGGAGUGAAGCCCACUGAAACAAUUGGUGUACAUCCUUAUCGUGAAUGGUGUCAAGAAGAUGAUAAUUCUGACAACAUGAAAUGUCCUGUUCAUGCAGCUGCAGAAGCAGGCCAACUUAUGAUACUGAAAGCGUUUGUUAAUUCCAGUGCCUUAUCCCUUGAAUGCCAAAAUUCUGCAGGGCAAACUCCAUUGCAGCUAUGUAUCCAGCACAGACAUAAAGAUUGUGUAUUGUAUUUAGUCACCAAGUUAUGGUCGGUGGUUUCUUAUCCUACAUUCUCUCUGCCCAUGAAAAUCUAUAUUAAGUUAAAGCUGUGGCUUCUUAAAUCUCAAAAUAACAUCUAUCCAGUCAAGAAGUACAACCCUGCUGCAGUCUUCAAAACACGAGUUGGGGAUGUUGUCUUUGUGGAUGGUUUCACAAAACCAGAAAUGACCUCCAGAGGUUUUUGCUCAGCCAUGAUCAAACAUGCAAACAGCAGAGGUUGCACACUGCCAGAUUUAAAUAAUCGGUUUCAACACGAGCAAUCUCGGUACCAUUUGACCAUAUCUGAUACGUAUCUCAAAGCAAAAAAUGUUAGCUUACCUCCAGUGGUAGGUGCAAAGAAGAGAGGUAGCAAAGAUAGACACUGGCAAAAAAGGAAGCCUAGAAAAAAGAACACACGGCUUAAUGAAGAAUAUAUGGACCAAAAUAUGUGUUUAGCAAGAGUUCCUCUACCUUCUAAUUCUCUCCUCAAACCAGCUUACUAUUAUUCCAUACCUAAUGUAGAAUUCCUGCUAAAUCCUUCCCUGGAGUCAUUUUCAGAAUAUUGUGGAAGAACUCCAAGAGAGAAUGCAAUCUACUGCUUAGCCAUAGCCAGUGAAUUUAAAGAGAAACCUUGGCUGCAACAAUUGGACAUUGCAAGAACCCUAGCUAGAAAAAGUAUAUGUAAACCUACAUACUAACUAGACUCAGAUAAAAUAGACUAUAUAAUAAAUAGUCUAACCAAAAAGAUUUACGGAAACAAUGCAUCUUGGCAAGCAAAGUUGCAUUGGACUAUCUUCAUACAUAUUCUGAGAAUCCUGGAAUCUUCCCCUCUGUGGGAAUCCAAUAGCAUCCUUCAAAUGCUAUUGAAGUGCCAUUCACAUUCCGAAAGGAUUAAGAGUAACAAUUGGUUUAUAUAAAUAUGAAACACUAACACAUAUUUUUUGAACAUUUUGGAGGACUCCUAUUGGGGAUUCUUUAAACAGAAACAUUGUAGACAAUCAGCAGACUAAUUUUUCUGAAGCUCAGGAAUGGGACUGAAAUGGAAUGGAUUGGAGACCUUGAAAAAGAUUGUGGUGGACAAAGAAGUUGGUAUUCAGAAGAAUCCUCUUAAUACUAAAAAUGAUCUUAGCUUACAUAUUAUGUGGAUGAAAAUAUUUUGCAUGUAAAAAGGUGCUAUCAUUGGAGGAGUGGACUCUCGUCCUAAUUUGAAAACAAGACUGAUUGACAAGUCUGAAUUUUACUAUAAUGCCAUCCCCAAAUUAGUCAGAUAUAAUUGAUCCUACUUUAUAAAACAUUUUUGAUGCUUUUGAAAUGUAUUUCUGCUACUUCUUAGAAUUCAUACGUUCCUAUUUAUUAAAUCAUUAUUAACAUGUCUUAAUUUAAUUAUCUUUUUGUACUAAUUUAUUGAAUUGAAUCUACUUGGAGAGCAAUAAGGUAUAGCAGUUAUAGGGGUGAGGCGAGAUAUGCUGGAACAUUAUUGCCACAAAGACUGCUAUUUCUAUGACCUCUUACAGCAAGAGAGAAAGGAAAAUCUAAUAAAUGACGGCUGGAGGUUCACUUAUUCAGUUUCCAAGAUUUUGUACCCUAUCCCUUUUUUGCUGCCAUUAAACCUAAUGAAUGAA